AUGCCACGUCUUACGUUGGACCCGAAUUUGGAAGUGAGGCCGGAUUUCGCGUCAGCGGCAUACGACGCCCUAUGCACUGCCCUCGCUGCAGCAGAAGGAGUCGACAAGGGGGCCAUUGUCGCCCGCCUCUCCGAUGCCUGGAAUGUCGAAAACGACGCCAAGAAGGCCACGUGGGACGAACAAGUUAGGCAGGACGAAGCAGAAGAAGCUGAGGCAGAGCUCGCCCCAGAACGCGAGCAACAGCUCGAACUCGAGGAGCGCAGAAAGGUGGAGGAGACAGAAAGGAAGGAGAAAGAAAAGAAGAGGCCAAAGCUCAAGAACUUUGUCCCCAACAAGCUCGUGGGGAAUACCGUGCAGCUUCGCCCCUCGCGCUACGCCAUCCACAAGCUAGAAGAGCGGGAAUACGUUGAGCUCUAUUAUUUCACCCAGGACGGAUGCAUGGAAGCCUUGAAGAUCGACCGCACCAUCGCUCAGGACGCAUUCACCUUCACCAAGGCCGACGACACGCUUCUACUGAAGCCCAUGGCCUCACACAAGCCAUCCAACAAAGCAAUCCCCGACGAGCAUCUUACCUGGCGCCAAAUGUCGCUCGCCAAGACCACGCUGCUGCACCACAUGUCCCAGGCAGGAUGGAGGUCUUAG